GCGGUAGUAGUAGCAGUAGAAUCGUCGAGGGGGAGGUAGCGGCGGUCUCCAGCGCUCGAUGCAUUUUGUUCAAAACACAUUAAUUUUACGGAAUUUUAGUUCUAACUGAUAGUUGUUGAGGAGUAUUUAUUCGUUAAGGACUGUCGCGUAUACCUAGUGUGCUGCCCCUAGGCAGAACCGGACUUGCCAAAAUGCCGGGCCUUGUGCAUCUUGUUAUGCUGGCCUCCCCAAGGACUGCCUUCAGUUCUCAACGAGGUCUCUGUACGAGCUUGAAACGAUUCCAGCAGGCUGCUCCUAUUGUAUCCUCCCCUGGACCAAAGGCUACCUCAGAUGUUCAGGGAGUCCCAUACACUAAGUUAUCUAUUGGCGUUCCCAAAGAGAUUUGGUCUAAUGAGCGCAGGGUGGCUGUAACCCCGGCUGUUGCUGCAGCUUUCAUUAAAAAAGGUUUUGCUGUAAAUGUAGAGGAUAGUGCAGGACUAGGCGCCAAGUUUAGAAAUGAGGAUUAUGCAUCUGUUGGAGCUAAUGUUGUUGAUAGAACUAAGGCUUUUGGUUCAGAUAUUAUUCUCAAAGUGCGUCCUCCCCAAGAAUCAGAACUUCCAGUUCUCAGAGAGGGCUCCACUCUGAUUUCAUUUCUCUACCCAGCUCAAAAUAAAUCACUUGUUGAUCAUAUGUCAAAGAAGAAAAUAAAUGCCUUUGCUAUGGAUUGCAUACCACGCAUAUCAAGAGCACAGGUUUUUGAUGCAUUGAGUUCAAUGGCUAAUGUAGCAGGUUACAGAGCUGUUGUAGAGGCAUCAAAUUACUUUCCAAGAUUUUUUGCUGGUCAAAUAACUGCUGCUGGUAAAGUGCCUCCAGCAAAAGUUCUUGUGAUUGGUGGUGGUGUUGCUGGUCUGGCAGCAAUUGGGCAAGCUAAAAAUAUGGGGGCUAUCGUCCGAGGUUUUGACACCCGUUCAGCUGUGAAAGAACAAGUUGAAUCAUUGGGUGCCGAAUUCUUAGAGAUAAAUAUCAAGGAAGAAGGAUCAACUGCAGGUGGCUACAGUAAAGAAAUGUCAAAAGAAUUUAUUGAAGCUGAAAUGGCAUUAUUUGCAAAGCAAGCGAAAGAGGUUGAUGUGAUUAUAACUACUGCUCUUAUUCCUGGUCGCCCAGCUCCCAAGCUUAUUUUAAAAGAACAUGUAGAUUCAAUGAAGCCAGGGAGUGUGAUUGUUGACCUGGCAGCCGAAACAGGUGGAAAUGUAGAAACAACUCGGCCAGGAGAGGUGUAUACUUAUAAUGAUGUGGUCCACAUAGGUUUGACAGAUUUGUCAUCUCGUUUACCAACACAGAGCUCAACUCUUUAUGCUAACAACAUAUCAAAAUUCCUUCUUUCUAUUGGUCAAAAGGAUAAUUUCCAGAUUAACUUGGAAGAUGAAGUGGUGCGUGGGAGUAUCAUAUUGCGGGAUGGCCAGCUUAUGUGGCCACCCCCAGCAAAGGCUGCAGCACCACCUCCACCUCCUCAAGUUUCUCAAUCCAAGGUUGACGCUGCUAAGACAAUUGAGCCUGACUACUUCAUGGACACUUUAAAGGAUACCGUCAAGUACAGUGCAGGUUUAGGAGGGCUUGUUGCUCUUGGUAUAGCCUCUCCAAAUGCAGCCUUUUCAACCAUGACAACAACUCUUGCCCUUUCUGGUAUUGUGGGAUACCAUACUGUGUGGGGUGUAACUCCUGCUUUGCACUCACCCCUAAUGUCAGUCACAAAUGCUAUAUCUGGAAUAACUGCUGUUGGUGGGCUUCUUCUGAUGGGAGGAGGUUACUAUCCCACUAAUUCAGUAGAGGCUCUUGCUGCAUCUGCUGCUUUCAUUUCUUUCAUCAAUAUUUAUGGUGGAUUCAUUGUGACUAAGCGUAUGCUUGAUAUGUUUAAAAGACCAACUGACCCUCCAGAACACAAUUACUUGUAUGCUCUUCCUGCUGCUGCCUUUCUUGGAGCCUAUGGUUAUGGUGUGUCAUGUGGAGCUGCUGAAAUUCAUCAGAUGGCUUCUUUAGCAUCAUCCUUAUGCUGUGUUGGUGCUUUGGCUGGAUUGAGCUCCCAGAGCACAUCAAGAUUGGGUAACAACUUGGGCAUGAUUGGAGUUACUGGUGGCAUAGCUUCAACAUUAGGCUACAUGGCACCGAGUCAUGAGGUGUUGGCUCAGAUGGCAGCAUGUAUGGCAAUUGGUGGGGGAGCUGGCACUGCAAUUGCCAAAAAAAUAGAGAUAACAGAUUUGCCGCAACUUGUGGCUGCUUUCCACAGCCUUGUUGGACUUGCUGCCAUGUUGACAUGCGGUGCUACAUAUCUUCAUGAUUUUCCUUCUCUUGCCACUGAUCCAGCUGCUAAUGUGAUUAAAACUGCUCUUUUCCUUGGAACAUUUAUUGGUGGGGUGACUUUCAGUGGUUCUUUGGUUGCAUAUGGAAAGCUGCAGGGACUUCUUUCAUCUUCUCCCCUUCUGCUGCCAGGCCGCCAUGCUAUCAACCUUAGUUUGCUUGCUGCAAAUGCAGCAGCCAUGGGAUACUUCUUUUAUGAUCCUUCCAUGACUGCUGGCCUUGCCAUGCUCGGUGCCACUGGUGCUCUCUCUUCCACAAUGGGUGUCACACUCACAUCAGCUAUUGGAGGAGCUGAUAUGCCAGUUGUGAUCACUGUCUUAAAUAGCUACUCUGGUUGGGCUCUAUGUGCUGAAGGAUUCAUGCUAAACAAUAAUAUUAUGACAAUUGUUGGUGCUCUUAUCGGAUCUUCUGGUGCUAUUCUCUCUCAUAUCAUGUGCAAGGCUAUGAACCGAUCUCUACCGAGUGUGAUUCUGGGAGGGUAUGGUACAUCUUCCACUGGUGGGGGAAAGCCAAUGGAAAUCACUGGAACACAUACGGAAGUAUUUGUUGACAAUGUUGCAGAAAUGAUAAGUAAUGCAAAAAACAUUAUAAUCACCCCAGGUUAUGGUCUGUGUGUUGCUAAAGCUCAGUACCCACUUGCUGAGAUGGUGUCUCUCCUCAAAAGUAAGGGCAAGAAAGUGAGAUUUGGCAUUCACCCUGUAGCCGGACGUAUGCCUGGACAGUUGAAUGUUUUAUUGGCGGAGGCUGGUGUUUCCUACGAUGAUGUUCUAGAGAUGGAAGAAAUCAAUGAUGAUUUUAGUGAGACUGAUCUGGUGUUAGUGAUUGGAGCAAAUGACACUGUGAACAGUGCUGCUGAGGAUGAUCCUAACUCAAUCAUUGCUGGCAUGCCUGUUCUGCGUGUCUGGGAUGCUGAGCAGGUGGUAGUCAUGAAAAGAUCUCUUGGAGUUGGUUAUGCAGCUGUGGACAACCCCAUUUUCUAUAAGCCCAACACAUCUAUGCUUCUUGGUGAUGCUAAGAAAACAUGUGAUGCUCUUCUGGGGAAAAUCAAAGAAGUUUAUGCCAAUUAAAUUGCCAUUUGAAUGUUACCCUGUAAUAGUGUAACAAGAAAGCUAUCUGCUUUAAAUUUGUUUUGUUUACUUAUCAAAUUGAUAUUUACGUCAGAUUUAUUUUAGGUGUAUCACUUCACUUGACUGAGCUGGUGCCAUUUUAUUUGAUAUUAAAUGCUUUAGUGUUUUGUUUAUUCCCUUUGUGUUUUUACCCUAAUUAAUGAAUUUUCCAAUGUUUUAGUUUGUUUUUUUCAGUCUAGAAGUGUUUCUAUGCCGAGUUCUGCUCAUUUCACUUUUGCCUUGGCGUAAGGUUUGUAAACUACUAAAGUCUGAUUUAUUGUUCAGUAAUAAUUUUGUUCUCUUUAUUUUUAUUUUGUUGUUUUUGGUAUUCUUCUGUUUCCUUCAUACUGUUUUGAGUGGAGUUGUUGAACCUCUGUACCUGGUUUUAAUUUUAUUUGUGCUUUCCUUCUCUUUUAUUUUUUUACUGUAUCAUGUUUCUGACCAGCUUAGCCUCACACAUUAUUAUCAUACCAUUUCUGUAGAUUUUCAUCAUAAUUUUCUGCUAUUGCUAUCAAUAUACCUACCUCUAAAGCAUUCCCAUUGUGAGAAUUAUGUGUGAAUUAUGGUAGCUUUACCUUUGUGGUUUAUUACGAUGUAAAGAAAUGUUGUGAUGUGGUUUAUUUGCUAUUGUUGUGAUUCUCAACUUGUUACUUGUCCACUGAUGUGAGGUUUUAACUACUAUGUAUGAGAGAGAUGAAGGUGUUUAACCAUUUUGUAUCUGGAUCUGCAAUCAAUCAAUCAACAUUAUCUGCUAAGCCUCAACAUAUGAAAAUAUCAUUUUCGAACUGACAUUAUGAUAUUUUAUUUGUGUGAGAUCUGUGAUAAUAUCUUGUGUUGCUGUCCCCAAAACAAACAAGACUACUUGUAGAAGCCCAUUACAAGCUCUUUUUCUUUUUUCCAUCAAAUGAUGCUGACCAGAUUCAUAGAACUCUUUUCCCCCAGGGAUUUUAAUAUCCUCUUGAUAGGGAAAAUAAAUCAUUUGUAUAAUAUUUUAAAAUUAUUACAUAGGUAUGUUAAGAGUGUGGAAAUGACGCAAUGUCAUAAUCCCAGAUUUUGACCGGCUUAUUUGAAAUGACCUAGUGCAGUAGGGUAAUUUAAAAUAAAUGAGUGGAAUAGAAUAAGGAAUAUCCUCAGAACAUAUUGGGUAAUGUCAGAAACUGUUCAUAAGUUUAUUCAUCAAUGUGCAUGUUUGUCAUGAUUUUUAAAAUUUUUUGGAGUAAUUAGAUCCGUUUUGGCCGACAGUCCUCAAACACUACUUAUGUCGCUGAGGCAUUUUGACAUUACUCAAUGUGCCCAGGGUAGUUCUGAUAAUAGCCGGGUAAUCUUUGGAGUGUCAAUCCUGUCCAGUAAUCUAUCACGACAUUCUCUGAACUUUCGGUUACUGUUGACAUUACCCAGGUAAUGUCAACAUUACUCUUAACAUGUAUUUACCUAUUAACAGCUCCAUAUACAUGAGGGUUCUUGUCUUAUACUCAGCCAUUAUUGAUUACAUUCCUGUAAGCUCUUGAUUAAAUGUUUACUGUAUGGAGAUUUUACUUCAUGUUAUGGUCAAGAAUUAUUAUCAAAAAUCAGUUAGUAAGGUACCUAAAUGCACAACAUGGUUAUUAAUGGUCUGAUUAUACAACUUAAAAUGAUUUUGCAUUAAUAUUGUAUUUUAUUAAGUUUUUUAAAACUCUUUUUAGCAACUGAUAUUUUUAAGGUUUUGCUCUUUCAAAUAUUUCCAUAAUAAAUGCAAACAUUAAGUCUC